AUGUCAGAGGCCCAAGCUAUCGUCCUCAAGGAAACAUUGUACACCGCUGGCACCACUAUCAGCAAGGCAUAUGCGGAUGGAGAUGAGAAAAAGAUCGCUCAGGUCCUUGCUGCCUACAACAAGGUAGUUGACGAGGUCAUUGUGGCUGCUCCUGCUGACAAGCUCAACGUCUUGGAGAAGACCUUCACCACCGUCGCCGCCACUGGGAAUUGA